AUAGGAAAGGUACUUAAUGAGAGAUGACACAAUACUAUUUGCAUUACUUGGCAACUCCCCCUGUGAAUGACAUAAAGUACACAAGCAAAGAUAUUAUCCGUCUGUACAGCAGCUGAUGCCCGAGCCGAUGCCAUCAUGAGUUUUAACUCUAAUUUCCACUUCUCAUCGUCCUCCUUCAAUGAAAGUUUCUCCCAAGUAAGAAUCUGUUCCAGCUCCUCCAGCACGCACGGUGCCAGCAAUGGCACCCAGAGCCGGAUCUCCAAGCCAAUCCAGUUUUCCUCCAGUUCAGGCGUCUUUGAUUAUACAAAGGAUUUUAGGGAAAAUCUAACAACCCAGAAUGGCAAAGAGACAAUGCAGAACUUAAAUGACCGCCUGGCCUCCUACUUAGAGAAAGUCCGAUCCCUGGAAGAGGCCAAUACUGGUCUGGAAAGUAAAAUCCAGGAAUGGCACAAGAACAGGACUCAGAAGCACAAACGAGAUUAUAGCGUGUAUGAGAAGACCAUCUCCGAGCUGCAAUCUCAGCUCCUAGAUGGACACAUGAAUGGAGCAAAGAUAAAACUACAGAUGGAAAAUGCUAAAUUAGCUUUCGACACCUUCGAACGCAAGUAUGACACAGAGAAAGCUAUACGCACAGCCCUGGAAGAUGACUUGGAAAGUUUACGUAGAGCAAUGGACAAUCUCACCAUUGUACGGACAGACCUGGAGAUGGAAGUUGAAGGAAUGAGAAAAGAACUGAUCUACAUGCGGAUGGGCCAUGAAGAAGACAUGAAGCUUGCCCAGUUUCAGAAGAAAGGCUCCUCGGUAGAUGUGAAACUUGAUGCACCCCCAUCAGUAGAUUUGACCAAGACCAUAGCAGAUAUAAGAAAAGAGUAUGAAGCGCUCAUUGAGAAGAACCGUAAGGAGGCUGCAGACUGGUACAGUAAGCAGUCAUCCACUGUAGAGCAGGAGGUGUACUCCAACACAGAGGCCUUGCAGAACAGCAGGAACCAGAUCAAGGACCUGAAACGCACCUUCCAGACCUUGGAAAUCGAACUGCAAGGAGAGAUAAGAAGGAAACAUGGGCUUGAAAGCACAUUAGCCCAAACACAGGCCAAUUCUGCAGAACAGCUCCAGAAGAUCCAGUCAACAAUAUGCAGAAUGGAGUCUGAGCUGAGUAAUUUGAGGGGUGAGCUUGAACGACAGAACAUCGAGUACCGGGCCCUUCUGGAUGUCAAGACUCGACUUGAGAAUGAGAUUGCUACCUACAGGGAGCUGCUGGAAGGAAACAAGACAAGGGGAAGACCAGACAGUUCAGAAGGUUUAAAUCGGAAAAUCACAACAAUAGUGCAAGAUAUGGUUAAUGGAAGAGUGAUAUCUACCAAAGUCAGUGAAAUACCCAAAAAGCUGUGAAGACAACUGCCAAAGUUAAAGGACUGGGGAUGGGAAAAAAAUGAAGUGUGAUAAAGCUAUAUUCUGUUUACAUAUGAUAAAAUUUGUUAUUGUACACUAGAUGGGGUAUCUGCCAUUAGACCGUCCAUCUUCAUUUGUAUUACUGAAGAGAACAAAAUCAGUACAAUUGUUACAGCCAUAUAAGGAACUGCUGGAAUUAUUAAUGAAUUCAUGUCAUCAGCAAUGUAUUAGAUGGGCUUAGCAACCUCAACACUCCAGGUGUACAGUGAAUAGGAAAGAUAUUGUAGUUAUACGUCUCUUCUGACCUAACAUCUUCUAUAAGAUGCUAUUAUAAAUGAUGGUGAGAUCUUACAUAGGGAUUGGAAAGGUUUUAAGCACUAUUGACAUUAAUGGGGUAGUAAAUUUUGCCCAUAUCUAAUAAGCCAUAGAAACCAAUCAAAGGUGUGUUUUCAAACAGUUGAUUAGAUGAUAUAGGUUACUAGACAAGUAAUUAACCUUAAAUGGUUUAUUAAAUAACCCAGUUAGUCUCUUGCCUAUAAAACAAAGUAAUGUUAAUUGAUUGUUUGCUCCCAACAAGAUCGGUGCUCUAGGACAAGGAAUUCAUUCUAAACUGGUGUGGUACACCUUAACUGAGAGUUACUCUACUAGGUUUAUUUACUGUGUGUAAGAGUGGUUCUGACCAGGCAAAGAGACCUUCUGCCCCGAGUAACGCUUCACUUUGCAUCUUGUGCCAGGUAGGAAAUCCAGUGCAAGGGACAGAGCACUAUGGGGUAUAUUUAUCAAAGAGUGAAGUUAAUAGUGAAGUUCUGCCACUAGAGUGAAAUUCUGCCACUCUCC